GCGCUCGCGGGCAUCAUGGCGUCUCCCAGUGGAAAGGGGGCGCGGGCGCCGGCGGCUCCGGGCGGCGGGCCCCGGCCGCCCUCCCGGGACCUGGUGGACUCCGUGGACGACGCGGAGGGGCUGUACGUGGCGGUCGAGCGCUGCCCGCUGUGCAACACCACCCGCCGCCGGCUGACCUGCGCCAAGUGCGUCCAGAGCGGCGACUUUGUCUACUUCGACGGGCGCGACCGCGAGAGGUUUAUAGACAAGAAGGAAAGGCUAAAUCAGCUUAAGAGCAAACAAGAAGACUUUCAAAAAGAAGUUUUAAAAGCUAUGGAAGGGAAGUGGAUAACAGAUCAGUUGAGGUGGAAAAUAAUGUCCUGCAAGAUGAGGAUUGAACAGCUGAAACAAACAAUAUGUAAAGGAAAUGAAGAAAUGAAGAAAAAUUCUGAAGGCCUCCUCAAAACUAAGGAAAAGAAUCAGAAGCUUCACACCCGAGCACAAAGGCACCAGGAGAAAAAGGAGAAGAUCCAGCGUCACAUUCGCAAACUUGGUGAACUAGUUGAAAAGAAAACCAUUGACUUGCGGAGCCAUUAUGAGCGUCUGGCCAGUCUCCGGCGGUCUCAUAUAUUAGAGCUCACCUCUGUCAUUUUUCCAAUUGAGGAAGUCAAGACCAGUGUGAGAGAUCCUGCUGAUGUGUCUUCGGAGAGUGACAGUGCCAUGACCUCGAGCACUGUGAGCAAGCUUGCAGAAGCCCGCAGAACCACCUACCUCUCCGGAAGAUGGGUCUGCGAUGAUCACAACGGGGACACCAGCAUCAGCAUCACGGGACCAUGGAUCAGCCUGCCCAACAACGGAGAUUACUCUGCCUAUUACAACUGGAUGGAAGAGAAGAAAACCACCCAGGGGCCUGAUAUGGAGCACAAUAACCCUGCCUAUACCAUCAGUGCUGCUUUGUGCUAUGCGACGCAGCUCGUCAACAUCUUGUCUCACAUACUCGAUGUAAAUCUCCCCAAAAAGCUGUGCAACAGUGAAUUCUGUGGGGAAAAUCUCAGCAGACAGAAAUUUACUCGAGCUGUGAAGAAGCUGAAUGCCAAUAUUCUUUACCUUUGCUUUUCUCAGCAUGUAAAUUUAGAUCAAUUACAACCACUGCAUACUCUCAGGAAUCUAAUGUACCUGGUCAGUCCGAAUUCUGAGCACCUUGGCAGGUCAGGACCCUUUGAGAUACGUGCCGACCUCGAGGAGUCCAUGGAGUUUGUGGACCCCGGUGCCACUGGAGAAUCGGACGAGAGUGGAGAUGAGCGCGUCAGUGACGAGGAGACUGACCUGGGCACAGACUGGGAGAACCUGCCCAGUCCCCGCUUCUGUGACAUCCCUUCCCAGCCUGUGGAGGUGUCCCAGAGCCAGAGCCCACAGGCAUCCCCGCCUAUCGCCAGCAGCAGCGCAGGCGGCAUGAUUUCCUCAGCCGCUGCUUCUGUCACCUCCUGGUUUAAAGCCUACACAGGACACCGCUAGCACGCAGGCACCAGGAAAGCUCUUGGACUGGGCUCUAGUGACCUUAGGUAAACGUUUAGGUGAAAGAAAUCGUGCCUGGAACAAAACGGAUUGAACAUUGUUGCUCAAGUAGGGGAGAGAUGCUUUUCUGUCACGUGGCCCGGGUGGCUGCCAUGCUGGUCAUGGGAAUCCAGGGUCCUGGGCCCUCUCCAAAGCCCUGCAGGGCGACAGGACUCCAGCCACAGCCACUUCUGUGGAGGCCGAAAUGCAUGACCACAGGCCACGGACCCCCCUGG